AUGAUCGCCCGUUCGUCUUCUCCCUCCUCCUUCUACCCGGCCGUCCGCCGCGGCCUCGUGCGGCGACCGACACCGCUUCGGCGACGUCCACUCCCGCCACAAGCGCCGGCUGGUUUUCCUGCUUUGAAUUCUCCGACAACAAUACCUGCGACUAUAUGCGGGCGCUGUUUGCAGACCAAGGCGGGUUUGUCUGUCCGGCCUAUUUCGACGCCAAAAUACGGUGCUACACCAUCCUCGACACUGUCUCCAACGGCAUCGUCACCUCUGACACGUGCGCGGACCGGCCAGCAGCGGCAACAUGCCAGCAUCGCGACGGCAACGGAAGAGAACACGGCGCAGGCGACACGCGACGACAUUGGGCCGCUGCAAGAGUACGACCGGCGUGUCGAGGCCGGCCGCCUGCGGAAUGACGAGCACCAGCGAGGAAUCAUACAGAGUUUGCAGCACAUGCACGACGAGCUGCGCCACUACCAUGCGCCGGACGUCGUGCACCCAGACAUUGAAAGUCUCCAGCCGCAGCCCAAGUCGUUUAUGGGAUCCCUCUUUGGCGGCGGCGGGCCCAAACAAGCGGCCCUCGGCAAGAUCCCCGAGAACCUGCCACAGGGUCUAUAUCUAUACGGCGACGUCGGCAGCGGCAAGACCAUGCUCAUGGACCUGUUUUACGACACGCUGCCGAGCGCCGUGCGGUCCAAGACGCGCAUCCACUUCCACAACUUUAUGCAAGAUGUGCACAAGCGGCUGCACCAGAUGAAGAUGAAAUACGGCAACGAAAUCGACGCUGUGCCGUUUGUGGCGGCCGACAUUGCUGAGCAGGGCAACGUGCUGUGCUUUGACGAGUUCCAGUGCACCGAUGUGGCGGACGCCAUGAUUUUGCGGCGGUUGCUGGAGGCGCUCAUGUCGCAUGGAGUCGUUCUCGUGACGACGUCCAACCGCGAGCCGGACGAGCUGUACAAGAAUGGGAUCCAGCGGGAGUCCUUAUUCCUGCGAUCGAGUUGCUCAAGCGACGACUGCAUGUCAUCAAUCUCGACUCGCCCACCGACUACCGCAAGAUUCCCCGUCCACCGUCGGGCCCACGCGGCGUCGCACGCCGAAAAGUGGUUCCGCUUCCUGGGCGACCGUGAGCACCCGGAACCGCACCCCGAGGUGCAAAAGGUCUGGGGCCGCGAGAUCCACGUGCCGCGCGUCAGCGGCCGGUGUGCCUGGUUCACGUUUGAUGAGCUGAUUGGCAAGCCGACGUCGGCCGCGGACUACCUGGAGCUCGUGCGCGCGUACGACGCAUUUAUCGUGACGGAUGUGCCCGGCAUGACGCACCGGCAGCGCGACCUCGCGCGACGCCUCAUUACGUUUAUCGACGCCGUCUACGAGGCGCAGGCCAAGCUGGUGCUGACGACGGCCGUGCCGCUCAACCAGCUCUUUGUGUCCAAGGACGAGAUCAUUGAUACCCUGACAAAGCAAGGCCAGAGUACCAACGAGUCGAUUGAGCACCUCGUCGACGGCAUGGAGGGCCACAACAUGAUGGCCGAGCUCAAGCACUCGAACCUGUUUACCGGCGAGGAGGAGGCCUUUGCCUUUGGGCGUGCACUGUCACGGCUGACGCAGAUGGGCAGCAAGGAAUGGGUCGAGCGUGGCAUGGGUCUCGAAAGCCAGGGCGGCAAACCCGAGCACGACAACUGGACUAAGACGCGGAGCCGGCAGAUGGAAGACAGCAUGUAA